CGAAAGAAUACGAACACAUUUAGUUAUUGUCGCCGAGAAAGAGUCGGAAGCGGCUUCAGGCGUCAAGAAACAGCAGGCGUCAACAAGGCCACAAGACGACCGUCAUCAUUCAUCACACUGUGACGCGCGCCGUCAUCUCUGGAGAGGGGCUAUAACAUUGACAUAGGCGAAACACAAACACGAACUCGAUCAUCACAAUGGCGCGCAGCAUGGAUCGCCCUCGAAGACAACGCCGCCUGUCCAAUGUGACCAACUCGUCCUUCUCAUCCACAUCCCCCGAACGCGAAGUCGACGAUGACAACGACUCGUUCAUGCUCCAGGCCAACGACUCGCAAUCAUCCGUAGCCGCCUCGGUCGACGUGAUGGACGAUGCCAACUUCGAAGAACGAUGCCGCCUGUCGCCUGUCUACCGCCUGCCCGCCGAAUUACUUAUCGCCAUCUUCGGUCGUCUUGCAUCAACAAAAGACCUCAUGUCAUGCAUGCUCGUAACCAAGGAUUGGGCACGAAACAGCGUCGCCUUACUGUGGCACCGUCCACAAACAAACAACUGGGCCAGCAUACACAGCGUCGUCAAGUCAAUACGCAAGACGGAACGCUUCUUCGCAUAUCAGGAUCUAGUCAAGCGCUUGAACCUCUCCACACUCGCCUCGCAGGUCAGCGACGGCACCUUGAUGGGCUUGACGGCUUGCAAACGCAUUGAACGCCUGACUCUGACCAAUUGCGCAAAGUUGACCGACUUGAGUCUGACCAGCCUCAUUCAAGGAAACCGCAGUCUGAUCGCACUGGACGUCACUCAACUAGAUCAACUCACCGAUCGCACGCUUGAGCUUGUGGCCCGCAACUGCGUGCGUCUCCAAGGUCUCAAUAUGACGGGAUGUCGCCGCCUCACAGAUCAAUCGUUGGUGCAAAUAGCAAAUAACUGCCGCCAACUUAAGCGUCUCAAGUGCAACAGCUGCUCCCAGCUUACCGAUGUCUCCAUGUUGAGUGUCGCCCAGAAUAGCUCACACCUCCUGGAAAUCGACCUGUACGACCUGCCAUUACUGGAGUCGGAAUCCAUCACUGCCCUUUUGACUCAAUGUCGUCAGCUGCGCGAAUUGCGUCUUGCCCGUUGCCCACUCAUUACCGACCAGGCUUUCCUGCAAGUGCCAUCCAAGGCUGCUCCCUUCGACGCCCUGCGCAUUCUGGAUCUCACAGACUGCCAAGAACUCACCGACAAGGCCAUCGAGAAGAUUGUACAGACAUGCCCCAAGCUGCGCAACCUGAUCCUAGCCAAGUGCAGACAGCUUACCGACAGAGCUGUCUGGGCCAUCACCAAGCUCGGCAGAAACCUCCACUACAUUCACCUGGGCCAUUGUGCUCGCAUCACCGACGCUUCUAUCAUUGGCCUGGCCAAGUCGUGCACUCGUAUCAGAUACAUCGAUCUCGCCUGCUGCAGCAACCUUACUGACCAGAGCAUAACUCAACUGGCCAACCUUCCCAAGCUUAAGCGUGUGGGUCUUGUCAAGUGUGCCGGUAUUACCGACAGGAGUAUCCAUGCUCUUGCCACCUAUGGUGGCCGUGUCAUGCAAAAGCCUCGCGACCGCCAGCACAACGUCAGUGCCUUGGAGCGUGUCCACCUGAGCUACUGUACUCUCCUUACUCUUGAUGGCAUUCACACGCUUCUUAACAACUGCCCUCGCUUGACUCAUCUCAGUUUAACAGGCGUUCAAGCCUUCCUCCGCGACGACUUGACUGUCUUCUGCCGUGAAGCUCCGGCAGAGUUCAACGACCACCAACGCGAAGUCUUCUGCGUCUUCUCCGGCAACGGCGUAUCUCGCCUUCGCGAAUACCUCAACCGUGCCAGCGGUCCUGGUCUCGACACUGGCAUGGUCAACGAUUCUGACGACGACAACGACGGCGCCACCCUUCGCGCCCUCCCUCUCCCUCCACCCCCACCUCCGCACCACCCUAACCUCAUACACACAUGGAACAACCCAGCCUUCCAGAACACCAACGACCAAGAUAUCGAAGAUGAGGACAUGGAAGACGACAAUGACGGCGUGGACACACCUAACGACGGCAUUGGUAUCAUCGACGCUGCCGCACAUGGCCAUAUGCUUAAUCUUGAUGUCCACUCCACUCCGGCCAACGACCCUGAUCAGAUGAUUGGAGGUACGCAGCAGAACCAGGGAGGUGCGCUGUGGGCCGGUGGUAGUGGCGAGGCUCAACAUGUUACUGGCAUGAUGAGUGCGGCCAUUCUUGACGAUGCCGACGAUCUGCAGUGAGGUACACAAACGUAACACAGACGGGAGGCGUAUUUGCAUCCCACGGUGUGGGCGGAUGGAGUUUUUAUCAAGGAGUCUUUCUUCUUCGGUCCUUGUCUUUUUUUUUUGUUCUUUUUGGUCCUUCUUCUACAUUGCGCGACGGAAAGAAACUCACAGGGGGCAGUGCUUUUCGAGGAGAAGAGGGAUAAGCAAGGCAGUUUUGGAG